GCUCCCGCACAACACUGCAUCCACUCCUGAAGUCGGAUAAUUGUUUUCGCAGGCCACUAAUUGUCUUGAAGCCAUUACCGCCAUCAUGCAAUCAGGCAUCUCCGCAUCUGCGGAGCUCCAAGAAGCGCUCCAAAGCCUCAUAACCUCCACAACGCAGCGCGGCAUCCUCGCCACCAUAUCGCAAGAAGCCAUCGUCCCCGCAGCGCCCAUACCGUCGACGCACGUCACCUUCCUCGAAGACCUCUCCAACCUAAAGGACUUCAUCAAGCCCAAUGAAGCCCUCUACAUCCUCCUCCGCCGCAACGACGUUCUCUCCUCCCCAGACAAAUCCCUCGUCGCCGUCACAUAUGUCCCCAACGCUGCUCCAGUCCGCCAGAAAAUGCUGUUCGCCGCAACACGACUCACGCUCGUGCGGGAGCUCGGCGGCGAGCACUUUCCCGAGAGCAUAUUCUGCACCGAGGCCGACGAGCUGACCGCCGAGGGGUGGGAGAGGCACCUCAAGCACACCGAGAGUUCCAACCCGCUUACGGCGGAAGAGCAGAGUUUGCAGGAUAUCAAGGAGGCCGAGGCGCUCGAGAGCCGGGGCACGCAGGGCCAGAGUCUUGCGCAGGGCGGCCGCAUAGCAAUUCGCGCUGAUGACGAGAUCUCUGGUGCUCUGAGACAGCUCGCCGAGGGCGGCAGCGACAACCUCGUGCAGCUGCGCAUGGAUGUGCCGACUGAGACGCUAAAGUUCGUGUCAUCAUCGUCGGCGUCGGCGGAUAGCCUCGCGUCUGCCAUUGAUAAGCAGGAACCCCGGUUUUCAUUUUACAGACAUAGCGAUCCAGACUCGUCGGUUGUGUUCAUCUCGACGUGUCCCAGCGGCGCGAAGAUCAGGGAGAGGAUGUUGUACGCGGCGAGCCGGAGUAAUGUCAUCAGCCUGGCACAGAACGAGGGCGGCUUGAAGGUGGCGAAGAGGUUAGAGGCUACGAAUCCGGAUGAGAUCACGGCGCAAGUGAUUGCGGAUGAGUUCAAGGUGGAGGAGAAAGAGGAGAAGAAAGGCUUUGCGAAGCCGAAGAGGCCGGGGCGGAAGUAGAGGGUGGGAAAGGCGGGCUACUGGUUCAGCUACGAGCGCACCAUAUAUGAGUGGCUCGUACUAUGAUAUGAAAAGACAUCACGCGGAUGACCGUUCUAGUACACCUUCACACUUCUUACAUACCACACCACGGGACCCUUGACUACAAGCCUAUCUCCACCAAGCCACCCAAUGUCUCGCAUCCGCACACCUCGCAUAGGAUCGAAACCUUGAACGAGGACUUUAAUUAUGACUUGAAGAAUCUGUGAUCGAGAUUGAUAGGAUUCCAUGGUCGUGGCAAGUGUGUGAAGAUAUCGUGAGUCGCACAGAGAAUCCGAAGAAGUGGUUGUGCUGAAAGUGGUUAGCGUAGCACCGUAUACGAGACUCACAGCUGCCUUCAUCUAUCAGCCUUCUUCACCC